ACUCACUCAAGACCUGGUUUCCUCGCUUUGGUCAAAAAUGGACAAGGCAAGGGAAAAAGUAAAAAUAAUUCGAGACUGACACGUGCCUUUUCCAUCCAUUGCUGAACAACGAACAUACUACUCAGGCGACCUGUAGUGGCCGGUAACUAGGCGAGCCCGCUGGCCCUUGUGUCUAAUUUUGGCGGUGAAUAAGCCGCAAAAGCCACAAGCCAGCCAACACCCAUAAAGCUCUUGUUCAUUAUUCAUUACAUCCUUCGAUAUUCAUAAGACAGGCCUAGCAAAUCCUUAAAAAUCUGUGGUUGGCCUGGUUUAUAAGUUGGCACAUCUCUGGAAAGGAACUAUGGGAGAUUCAUUGGGUUUGCUAAAAGUUACAGUCGUGCAAGGGAAAAGACUGGUAAUCCGGGAUUUUAAGAGCAGCGAUCCUUAUGUUGUUAUCAAAUUGGGAAAUCAGGUGGCGAAAACCAAGGUUAUCAACAGUUGCCUUAAUCCCGUUUGGAAUGAAGAGCUAAGCUUCUUCCUUAACGAACCUAUUGGAGUUCUAAAUUUGGAAGUGUUUGAUAAAGAUUUUCUGAAGACAGAUGAUAAGAUGGGACAUGCUCACGUCAGCCUGCAGCCAAUAGUCUCUGCUGCUAGAUUGAGACAGAUUUUACGAGUUUCUUCUGGCGAGACAACAUUAAGGAAGGUUGUCCCAGAUAGUGACAACUGCCUAGUUAGGGAAAGCUGCAUUACUUGUGUAGAUGGUGAGGUGGUGCAGAGUGUUUGGUUGAGGCUCUGCGACGUCGAGUCAGGGGAAAUAGAAUUGAAAAUCAAGUUAACUGAUGCAUCCGAUCCGGAUGCAACCUCAGGGUAGUGCGGAAUGGACUAUUGGCUUUUAGUUGUAGACCUCUGACAAUGAGGAGAGAAGAGUUGAAUCUCUAUAGUUUGGUCAUGCAUUAGCAAGAAGAUUGGCAAUGUGGUUUACGAUAGAUCUAGUAUGAAGUUGUAAUGGCCUAAGUAGGAAGUAGGAGGUUUGAAUGUUUGGAUGUAUGUUGAAAUUGAAAUCCUGUGCAUGUACUAAUAUAAAUGUAAAAUUGAACUUAUGGAUGAUGGUGUGGUAAGCUUAAAUUA